GGCAGCUCUGGAUUCAGGCAAGCGGGACUGAGGGACCCUCAGCUGUUCAGUCCCGUGAGUGGGCGCGCACGAGAGCCCGGGGCCAGGAGUGACUGGGAGCGGAAGUGGGGACCGCACCACCUGGGGACAGCGGGUUCUCCCGAGGACGCCGCUGGUAUUCAGGAAAGUGCCGCUCUCAAGAUGCUAGGUGGCACAUUUAGGAGAUGCCUGGGACAAGAAGGCCAGCUGCUCAGGGCAAAAAGAAAAGGAGGUGACAAACGUUGAGUCCACUUAAGGAAACCCAUGGCUAGGAUCAGUUUUUCUUACCUCUGCCCAGCCUCCUGCUACUUCACUGUUCCCACAGUGAGCCCAUUUCUCCGUCAGCGAGUAGCAUUCUUGGGAGUAUUCUUCAUAACCUGUCUCCUUUUAUUUAUGUUAAUAAUGGACUUUCAACAUUGGGAUGCUUCACUACCAAGUGACAGGUUGUACGAAAGGUAUUUGGCUCGGGUAGGGGAGCUUGAAGCUACUGACACUGAAGACCCAAAUCUAAAUUAUGGACUUGUGAUAGACUGUGGUAGCAGUGGCUCCAGGAUUUUUGUGUAUUUCUGGCCAAGACAUAAUGGGAACCCUCAUGACUUGCUGGACAUCAAACAGAUGAGAGACCGCAACAGCCAACCUGUGGUUAAAAAAAUCAAACCAGGAAUCUCUGCAAUGGCAGACACUCCAGAACAUGCCAGCGAUUACCUUCGUCCUCUGCUGAGCUUUGCUGCUGCCCACGUACCUGUGAAGAAGCACAAGGAGACACCCCUUUAUAUCCUCUGCACCGCAGGCAUGAGGCUCCUUCCUGAGAGGAAGCAGUUGGCUAUCUUGGCUGACCUAGUAAAGGAUUUGCCACUGGAGUUUGAUUUCCUCUUUUCUCAGUCUCAAGCCGAAGUGAUCUCUGGGAAGCAAGAAGGGGUUUAUGCAUGGAUUGGUAUCAACUUUGUUUUGGGAAGAUUCGACCACGAGGAUGAAUCGGGUGCUGAGAGUCCGCAGGAAUCAGGCAUAGGACGCCGCAGGACAGUAGGGAUACUGGAUAUGGGAGGAGCCUCUCUCCAGAUUGCUUAUGAAGUUCCUACCUCAACCUCUGUCCUUCCCCCCAAACAGGAAGAAGCUGCCAAGAUCCUGCUGGCAGAAUUCAAUCUGGGCUGUGAUGUACAACAUACCGAACAUGUGUACAGGGUUUAUGUCACAACCUUUCUGGGUUUUGGAGGCAACUUUGCCCGGCAGCGCUAUGAAGAUCUUGUGCUGAAUGAAACUCUUAACAAAAACAGAUUGCUGGGUGAGAAGACAGGCUUGAGUCCUGACAAUCCGUUUCUAGAUCCCUGCUUACCUGUGGGACUGACAGAUGUGGUGGAGAGAAACAACCAGGUCCUGCAUAUCCGAGGAAAGGGAGACUGGGCAACUUGUGGGGUGAUGCUGAGCCCCCUCCUGGCUCGCUCCAACACUAGCCAGGCCUCACUGAAUGGCAUUUACCAGUCACCAAUCGACUUUAACAACAGCGAGUUCUAUGGCUUCUCUGAGUUUUUUUACUGUACAGAGGAUGUUUUGCGCAUAGGUGGCCGCUACCAUGGGCCAACAUUUGCCAAGGCUGCUCAGGAUUACUGUGGCAUGGCUUGGUCAGUACUAACUCAGAGAUUCAAGAAUGGCCUCUUUUCUUCACAUGCAGAUGAACAUCGACUCAAGGAUCGAACUCACGACCAUGCUCUUGCAAGAUAUCAGUGUUUUAAGUCAGCUUGGAUGUACCAAGUCCUACAUGAAGGAUUCCACUUUCCCUAUGAUUACCCAAACCUACGGACGGCUCAGCUGGUUUAUGACCGAGAAGUUCAGUGGACGCUGGGAGCGAUCCUCUAUAAAACACGAUUUUUACCACUCAGGGAUCUUCGACAGGAAGGUGUCAGACAAGUCCAUAGUAACUGGUUUCGUCUGUCCUUUGUCUACAACCAUUAUCUAUUCUUUGCCUGUAUCCUGGUGGUGCUACUGGCCAUCAUCCUGUACCUUCUGCGACUCCGGCGAAUUCACCACCGACAGACUCGAGCCUCAGCUCCCCUGGACUUGCUGUGGAUUGAAGAGGUGGUCCCAAUGAUUGGGGAACAGGUGGGGCCAUGAGGCUGGACUAGAACUGGAGAAACAAAAGUAUUCCAGAGUUGCUGCUCAUCAAAUACUUCUUUUUCUUCUUCUUCUACUUUUUUUCCUUUUUUUUUUUUUGGUAUUGGCCUCAGAUGCUUCUCUUUGGCCUUGGAACAUCUCCUUUAAUUAAUUUCCAUGUUAAUUCCAUCCUAGUACCCAGGUCUUCUUCUCAGAGAGAAGCUAUAGUCUUUUAUUUGUAAGUGAUAAGAGAUUGGUGCUAACAAAAGUGACCACAAUUAGUACAUUGGAAGCAUGCUUCUGUACUCAGAGACCUGGUAUGUUCCUGGGAUCUAACAAUUUUUCCCUGGCUAAAGCAUCAAGUGUGGCACUGGACAUAGUAGAAGCCUGGUUGAAACCAAAUUUAGAAUGCCUGAUCUAAAGCCAGACAUUCUAUCAAGUGCAACAGUCCCUUCUUUCUCUGUAACAGAGAUAACAUUUUGUGGACAUCCACAGCCUUUAAUAAGAUCUCAGAUCUUUGCAGUUCAGUGGACCAGAUAAGAUUUUAAAGCAACCAAAAUGACACAGCUUCCUUGCUUACUUGAUAAAGAAGCCAUUAUGUGAUAUGAUCUAAAAGGUUAGAACCUUUUCUAAAUGGAUGGUCCAAUAAAAUAUUACAGUAUUUUUUAUCUCAUGCCUGGUGUGACUAGGAUAGCAAACGUUUCUAUGUCUAGGUGCCUCAAAGGCUGUUUGGGCAUUAAUUUUGCUUUUUGAGCCUUACGUGUGCUUGUAUGAUAGAGCCACUGUGAUGGGAAUUGGAAAUCUAACUGGGUUUGUCUAGUUAUAGGGCCCUGUCCCAUAGGCAUAUUUUUGUGUACAGAUUCAAAGACAUUUCCUAUAUUUCACUGCUAGAAUCAGUGUGUAGUUUGGGAAAGCAUGUACUUGGGUUGUUUAUAAAGAUGCAAAGAGUAGUAUCAAUGGACAAAGGAGUUUUUUGAGAAAAUUUUUCUAAAUUUUUGAUUCUUAGAAUGUCCGAAAGAGAGCAAAUUCUAAACUUUGGAAUAAACAGAUAAAUUUCCUAAGAAGCUACUUGGCAACUUUCAGAACAUCUAUUAAAAGACUGCUCAAGUUACAGAUAGCACUUCCACUAGUGAGGACAGCAAAAGCCAUAAUAAUUUUCAUCCAUUACCUUUAGGAGUUUUGCUUCUCUACAUUUAGCUUUCCCAUUGAAUAAGGAUUUUUCAUUAACUUUGGCCUUCCCCCAUUGGAGUCUUCUUUAUACUUCACCUUUUCCAUAGCCAUGGGGGUCCUUCCCAUGAAUAUGUGCCCAAAGUUAAAGUAGCUUUUUAUGGGUGUUUGCGUGUGUGUGGGUCUUGCACGUAUGAGGCAAGCACUGUACCACUGAGCUAUGUCCCCAGGCCUCUGAUUUCUAGGAUUAGAUACAGAGAAAGAGGUCUCUGACUUCAAAGAAUAAAAGUGGAACUCUUCAAAAAUGAAUUUCACAAUAAAAAAAGGACUUAAAUCCUUCAUAAAACAGUGAAAAAGAAAUUAAGGUCCUCCUAGAAAUAAGCUGAGACAAAAAUAAGCCCACUGACUCUAAAUUAGUAGGAGACAGAAUAUUGAGUCUUGUUUUCAAGUGAGAUAAAAACAUUUUAUCAUUCAUUAGGGCUUAUGUCACAGCAGUUUCCGUUAAGACUUGACUUGCCUUUACUUCUUAGUUUUGUUCUACGAUCUUUCAUCUUGUGAAUGCUGCUUAAAAAUCUCAAAACAUGUUUUUGCUACCCAUGCCUACUCAGGUAACUUUAUCUUCAUUUCACUUUGGUUUCCAAAUACCACUGUUUUUCACUUCCUUAGAUCUAGUCAGUGAUCUAGUAAAAAGCUGUAUGAUUAACAGUGAUUGUAGUUGUGUGUUUAAGCUGAAGAUGGAGCAGAGAGGUAGACUAGUUGAUAUAAAAGGUCUUAUUAGUGAAGGUACCUUUCAUCCUUAUUGUAAUAAUGGUUGUCAUUUGUUAAGCAAUUAUGUACCAGAUACUCUUAAGAAUUUUAUGUAUGUUAUUUCAUCAUUGCAACAACCUUGCAGAUUGAUAUGACGUUUUACAGUUCAGAAUCUCAGGCUACUUAUGUUUAUCAUUUUUUCAAUAUAAAUAUAUUUCUGAUUAUUUUAA